GCUAAUCGUGACUUAGCUUGCAAAACAAAUCUUUCACGUUUCAAAGCUCAAUUAACGUUGACAACCAAACUACUAACAACAACAAAAUGGUUCAACCUGAAAACUAUUUUGUUCUUGAUCCAAGAGAAGCCACCGUCAUGGAUCUGAUAUAUCUUCUCUUCUACUCGGAUCUCGAAAAUAGAAAGUUCGUUGAUACUUCGGUAGAGAACAUUCAUAAUGAUCUUUGCCGAUUCAGGGGACGAUGGAUCAUCUUUGUAGCCAUCGUUGUUCAGAAACUCAUGAUUAUCCUCAGGAAACCUCUCUCCUUCUUCGGAUUCGCUCUUGGCUUUUGGCUCAACCUUCCUUCUUCCAAUGGUGGCUUCUUCAAGAUAUUCCUAAAUCUUGUCCAAGGAAGGUUUAUGUGGCCGGAAAAAACAUCAGCCACAUUUGCAUCGAUAAACGGAAACCUAGACCAAAGAGUAGACUUAGGUUUAGGCCGGAGCAUAGAGAUAGGGGAUGAAAGAUACAAACCACUCUUGUCAAUUAUGGCUUCUAAGCUGUCUUACGAAAACGAAAACUGUAUCAGAUCCGUUCUUCAAGACCAUUGGCAGAUGGACUUAUUGGGUUUCUACACCUGCCGAAAUGAUUACAUACAAACGAGGUCAACAGAAGUGAUUGUUAUAAGGGACACAAAACAAAAUCCAAACCUUAUCGUCAUCAGUUUCAGAGGCACUGAUCCUUUCAACGCCGAUGAUUGGUGUACAGACUUGGAUCUCUCUUGGUACGAGAUUAUGAAUGUGGGAAAGAUCCACGGCGGAUUCAUGAAAGCUUUAGGCCUUCCGAAAGAAGGAUGGCAUGAAGGAAUAAACUCUCACGAAACUCAAAAUGAAACAAGUCAACUUGCAUACUACAGAAUUUUGAGUCACAUGAAAGAGGUUUUCAACCAAAACCCAACAUCCAAAUUUAUUCUGACUGGACAUAGUCUAGGUGGAGCCCUAGCAAUCCUAUUCACAGCUGUGUUAAUGAUGCAUGAUGAGACGGAAAUAUUGGAGAGGCUCGAAGGAGUUUACACAUUUGGGCAACCACGCGUAGGAAAUGCGGAUUUCGGAAAUUAUAUGAAAGAAAAGUUAAGAGAAUUUCGCGUGAAGUACAAAAGAUAUGUCUAUUGCAACGAUAUGGUUCCUAGGUUGCCUUUCGAUGACAAGACACUAUUAUUCAAACAUUUUGGGGACUGCCUCUACUGUAACAGUUUCUACAAAGGAAAGGUGGAGGAAGAGGAGCCAAACAAAAACUACUUCAACAUCUUCUUCGUUAUACCGAAGAUAAUGAACGCAUUGUGGGAGUUAAUAAGGAGUUUCAUCAUGUCAUGUUGGCAAGGUAGAGAAUACAGGGAAGGAUGGUUAUUGACAUGUUUUAGGCUUGUCGGAUUGUUGAUUCCGGGACUCCCUGCACAUUUUCCUAAUGAGUACGUCAACGUUGCCCUACUGGGGAACUUUUCUCGUCCUAAUUCUCAACAUUUGCCUAAUGAGCCCUUUUUAGAAAACUUUUGAUUCACACCAUGACUAGUGUUUGACUUGCAUCGUUUCCAUUUUUUUCUUAAGUUUUUCAAUAAUUAGUGUGUUCAUGAUACUAUCUUUCGUGAAUUCUUUCUUUGUAUUUAUUUUAUUUUGAUAUAAUGUGUUACAUGUUUUUUUUUAAUUAUUUUCAUAUCUUUCUGGUAACUAAAUUAAAUAAUGUCAUCAACU